CUCUCUCUCUCGCUCAGAUACGUGCGUGCACACACACACACACACACACACAUCCACCAUCUCCUGGACAUCAGUAUUAAAAGGUGCAGGAAUGACAGUCUGAGAAGAGAACAUACCAGGACCAGCAGAAGUCAAAAAGAACCCUGAUAAAUUGGGCAAAAUAAUGGCGGACGAUUACGACUACGACCAUGAGAACGUUAGCGACAACUACAGCGUCGACUACGACGACUACCACACCGUGUGCGAGAAGGAUGACGUGCGCUCCUUUGGCGGUGUCUUCCUGCCGGUUGUCUACUCCCUUUCGCUCGUGGUCGGGGUGGCAGGCAACGCGAUGGUGGUGGCUGUGUACGCAUACCACAAGCGCCUGAGGACCAUGACCGAUGCGUUCGUGGUGCACCUGGCUGUGGCUGACCUGCUGCUGCUGUUCACACUGCCCUUUUGGGCCGUGGACGCCGUCCGGGGCUGGCAAGUGGGGCCGGAACUUUGCAAGAUGGUCUCGGCUCUCUACACCAUCAACUUCACCUGCAGCAUGCUGCUGCUUGCCUGCAUCAGUGUUGACCGCUACCUGGCCAUCACGCCCGUGGGCCGGGACCGGGGCAUGGGCCGGGUCUUCAAGCCCAACUACUCCAGCAGAGUGUGCCUGCUUUGCUGGGCCACCGCCUUCAUGCUUGGCGUGCCGGACUUGGUGUUCUCCACUGUGAUCGUCACUGUCAGCGGAAGGAAGGCCUGCCUGGCCGUCUACUCCAACGAAAUGGCCCCCGUGGCCCGGGCCAGUCUGGAGGUGGCCGAGGUGCUGCUGGGCUUCCUUCUCCCCCUGACCGUGAUGCUGUUCUGCUACUCGCGUGUGCUGUGCACCAUGGGGGGACUGCCUCUGGAGAGAAGGAGUCGCAAGUGGAAGGUCAUCCGAGUGCUGCUGGCUGUCGUGGGGGUGUUUGUCGUCACACAGCUGCCCUACAACGUGGUGAAGCUCGUUCGGGCCAUGGACACUGCAUACGCGCUGGUGACCGACUGCGGCAUGAGCAAAGCCCUGGAUCAAACCGCACAGAUCACAGAGAGCCUGGCUCUGACCCACUGCUGCCUCAACCCAGUCCUGUACGCCUUCAUUGGGUCAUCCUUCCGACAGCGCGUGCUAAAGCUUGCCAAGGGCUUCGGAGAGAGGAGCAGGAGGAGGAGGAGGAGGAGAGGCUCUGGCGAGACUGAGGAACAGGGAGUGGACAUGGACUUAAAUUCCCAGGCAGGGUCCCAGGACACCAGCACAUUCUCUAUCUGAACAGUGGGAGGGAAUGGAUGAUGUAAGGGAAUGACUGAGAAGAUCGUACGCAUGUAGGAGAGCAUUAGUGCUUGGUGAGGAAGAGUGAGUCAGAGAGAAAGAGAGCUGAUAAAGGUUCCACCUAAGGGAAAAUUGAGGGACAAUGUUGUGGAGGUCACUGAUAAGAGUUUUAAAAAAUGUUACAUACAUUGAACGACUUGGAGAUAAAAAUGUAUGUGUUCACAAUCUAUCCACAUUUUAUAGGGCUUAUUCAAUCUCAUGCAUGUGUUAUAAGCACUGCAAUUGAUGCAUUACUGGUGAAACUACUUAAGUUAAUAUACUGUAUAUGAACACUGAUAUUCUAAAUAAGACCUAUAAUCUGCAUGUUACAUGUGCACUAAAUAUGACAGAACUUCAUGUGUAUCGUUUGAGGAAAAAACUGAAUCAUGAACAUCUGUUCAAACAUAUCAUUCAGUGCUAUUUAUCGGUAAAACCCAGAUGUAACGGAGAUGCCUGCUGGACUUAAUCUUAUUGUUUAUAUUGUUGUCACGGAUGGUUUUCGGCUGAAGUCAUAAUGAAUGUUUUAAGUAAUGUCUUACUGGUUCAGUUGAUGUUUGGGAGUUUGAAGGUAAGCUUUGCAGUCAUAUGCAGCAGCCUGGCUGUGAUAAGGGAUUUGGCCUAACUGGUUUUGUUGCGGUCAUCUGAAACCCACCAGUUCCAUGUUGUGCUUCACCCCACCCCUCUUUUCUCUCAGAAAUCCAAAGGCCUAGAGAAUGGACAGAACUGGAAAUGUGCCGAGACAGCUUAUCUUUCACACUUCCACAUUUUGGCCCGGAAGACAGGACUUCUUCCUGCACAUGCUAAAUAGCUGUUGAGAACAACAUGUUUUUACCAGUGAUCACGAACAUGACCAUAUCAUGUCACAACAAAUUUGAAAGUAUCACAUCUAAUUUCCUGAUAAAAAGCACAAUUAUAUCUCAAAACUAGCAUACCGUUGCAUAUAGUGUUUCUUUAAUAUUAAUAGGAAUCUUCAUGACAAAACAUAACUGGUUGCCUUCCUUUACUACAACAGGCUUCAUUUUAUAUGCACCUCAUGGAAUAAAGGUUGCAAGAA